AUGGAAAUGAGAAUAGCUCCUGACAGACAGAGAAUGUUCAGCCUAUUGUUCCUGACCCUUCCCCUCUUGGGGAGCUCAGUUCCUCUGAUUCAAGACAGGGAGCAAGUUGGCAUUGUUGGAGGCCAGGAAGCUUCGGAGGAUGAGUGGCCUUGGCAAGUCAGCCUCAGACAGGAUAUAGGUCCAUACUGGAUGCAUUUCUGUGGUGGCUCCCUUAUCCACCCCCAGUGGGUAUUGACUGCUGCCCACUGCAUUGACACAAUUCCGAAGGAGCCUUCAGAAAUCAAGAUCCAACUGAGGGAACAGCACCUGUAUUAUAAAGACAAGCUACUGCCCCUGGCUGAGAUUAUUGUCCCUCCCAGAUACACCUUUGCUAAUAAGGGCUGGGAUAUUGCUCUGCUAAAAUUGAAGACCCCUGUGGAGCUGUCCAGUCAUGUUAAGCUUAUCAGCCUUCCUAAUGCCACUGAGACUUUCCCAUUGGAUUCAGAGUGCUGGGUGACUGGCUGGGGGAAUCUUGAUUCUGGAGUUUCCUUGCCCCCACCCUACACCCUGAGGAAGGUCCGAGUUCCUUUGUUGGAUCCAAAAGUCUGUGAUGAAAAGUACCACAAGAAAGCCUACACUGGUUCAUCUGUAAAGAUAAUUACUGAUGAUAUGCUAUGUGCUGGCAAACUUCAUGUAGACUCCUGUCAGGGUGACUCUGGGGGGCCCCUGGCCUGCAAAGUUGGGGAUUCCUGGAAGCAAGCUGGGGUGGUGAGUUGGGGAAUAGGCUGUGGCAUGCGCAAUAAGCCUGGUAUCUACACACGUGUCUCAAGCUAUGUGGAUUGGAUCAAUGAGCAUGUUUUCUCCAAUUCCUCUACAAACCCAAUUAGACCCUAACUGCCCCCCAUCCCAGCCACCUCAAUCUGUUCUAAUUCUUAUCCUUUUCCAUCUCUCUGACCUCAGUUUCUCUGAGGUCAGCUUUUUUCUUCUCAACACAUCCUCCUCUGAACCAUCCCUUUCUCUUUGGCUAGUUCAGAGACUGGAUGCAUAGACUUGGGCUUAAAUCUAGAUGCUUGGCUUCUAGUUUCCUGCUCUUUCACUGACUCCCUCUGGACAAGCCCCUUCUGGGAUCUUUUAGUUUCCUCCUCUGAAAAAAAUGGGUCAAGGGCAUAGCCUCUUUCUGGCUCUGGUGUUCUAUACUCCUGUGAGUCUGUUCUGUGAAUUAUCUUGCAGAGGUUGUUGCAUGGAACAAGAAAGGGAGAGGGGAAAUGGACUCAUAUGUAUGGAAUUGCUUGUAUCUCAUUAAACUGUCUUCA